CGAGGCCCCUCCCGAGGGAGCGCCCGGCCGGGCGGUGACGUCAUUCCGUGACGCGGCCCGGCGCGGCUCCGCCCUCCCGCUCGCCGGCCGGCGUGUGCUGCGGGCGCAGGGCUCGCGCCGCGUCCUCCCGUCUGAGGAGACACCGGCGGCGGCCAUGAAAAUCUGGAGCUCGGAGCACGUCUUCGGGCACCCUUGGGAUACAGUGAUCAAAGCUGCUAUGAGAAAGUACCCCAACCCAAUGAACCCGUGUGUGGUGGGAGUAGAUGUCCUCGACAGAAGCCUUGACAACCGGGGGAGGCUGCAUAGUCACCGUCUUCUCAGCACAGAGUGGGGAUUGCCUAGUAUUGUCAAAGCGAUUUUAGGAACAAGUAGAACUCUGACUUACAUUGAGGAACAUUCUGUGGUGGAUCCAGUGGAAAAAAAGAUGGAGCUUUGCUCAACUAAUAUUACCCUUACAAACUUGGUGUCUGUUGAUGAGAGACUGGUUUACACACCUCAUCCUGAAAACCCUGAAAAAACUGUGCUAACUCAAGAAGCAAUUAUUACUGUCAAAGGCAUUAGCUUGAGCAGUUAUUUGGAAAGCUUAAUGGCAAACACAAUAUCUUCUAAUGCCAGAAAGGGCCGGGAUGCCCUGGAGUGGGUGAUCAGCAAACUGAACGCGGAACUGGAGGAGCUGAAGUCAACGCGCGAGGGCAUAAAACCAGCCAUGGCAGCGGCAUCCACCGGGAAAUAGAGGCCACAAACACACCAACAGCUCCCAUUGCCUACUGAAGACUGAACUGCCCUCCUGCAGAUGCUCUUUUCAAGUAAACGAUUUCUUUUGAACGCCGGAAACAAAACGUUCAGCACAUUUAAAUCUGCCUAAAUGUGCCUUUUGUAACAGAGAUUGAGAGUAUGCUAUAUUUUAUACCAUCUCCGUUUUUCAUACUCAAACUUGAAAAGAACUCACGUGUUUACCGAGGGUUCUCCAAGUGAGCAUUAGUUCUGUGAAGGGCUGAGAGCACUAAACUUUGUCCAUUUUGUACUCCUAAAACCAUUUACAGGGAACUACAUGAAACAGAGCAUGAUACUCUAGAAUAAGAUACCUGCCUAGGUAUCUUAUUAGGUAUCUCUCCCCGAAAGCUGAAACUUGUGUUGUGCUGACUCGUUAUGUUGCUUAAUGUGCUGUCUGAACGUGACGCACAGAUGCUUUACCUCUCAGAUGUUUAUAUCCAAAGAGAGUUUCUAUUGAUGUUAACUGCCUAAACAGGCUUUUUUUUUCUUUUUUUUUGUGGGGAGAAGGGUAUAAUUUAUUUUCAUAUUUAUUAACUUUCCCUAGCUUCUCCCCUCAGUAGCAGAACAGGAGCAGGAGGGGCUGGGGAAUACUUGGGUUAUUUAUCUGUAAGAAGGGUGCUUGCAGGCUACUGGAACAAAGAGGCUGUGCUGUUCCUCUGCUUCUUGCUCUUCCUGUCAGAAAGAAAGAGCUGGCUGCGAGAAACGAAGAGUUGAAACGAGAAGUUUGAAAUCCAAAGGGUAAUGCUUCAUCAAGUCGUGUUUUUGUGCUCUAGAGGGGAAAAGCAGAACGCAAGAAGAACAGCUGGGCUCUCCUUUUUGAACGCUUUCUACAAACGACUGCCCUCUGCUGUAAUGAAUUUUUUCAGCGCUUUGCCACGUUGGUACAAAUGUUUUUAGAAAUGUUUUAAAUGCUUCUGAUUGUCUGGAAAAAUACUGCAGUAAUUGUGGAAACUGCCUCUUUGAAAAUAUGCAGAGAUACCGAUUGGUAACAGUACCAGCUUUUGUCUGAGGUUCACAAGACUUUCUUAUUUGUUCUGUGUGUAGUCAGUGUUUCUUAGCUAGCCCUCUGUUGGGGGUUUUAAUUAUUUUUUUGUGUACACACAAACAGAGAUAAAUGUUGCAAGGUUGUUUGCUGAGCUGGCAGGCAUGUGUUUAGGUUCAGGGAGCUGAGAGAGAGCAUGAAGAGCUUUAAAAAAAAAAAAAAGUGAAAUGUUGGUCACUGUUUGGAUCUGGUAAUUUAAAAUGUCUGUGUAGCUUAAGGGAAAUCUCAGAGUUUGUAUUCUGUUUAGCUUGAAAGUGAACAUUAGUUUGGAUGUAAGUGUAGUAUAGCUAAAUGACAUGGUUCUAAUAAAUAUAAUUUACAUUACGUAUAUGUA